AAGCCUUCAAAUACACCAUGAAAUAAGAUCAAGUACUCCCAAUAUUCCAUCAUCCCAAUCCUUUCAACAACCUAUCUUUUCUUUUCCAUAAUCAGAGCCUUAAGUAGGAAGGAUCGAUCGAUGGGUCUUUGGGACUGGUUUUCAGGAUCACCACCACCUGCUUCAGGCUUUGGCUUCUCAUCCACCGCCGAGCAAGUCACCGAAGGAAUUGAUGCAACCGCCCUCACUGCUAUUGUCACAGGUGCGACUAGUGGAAUUGGAAAAGAAACGGCUAGAGUACUUGCUCUAAGGGGGGCCAAAGUUAUCAUCCCAUCAAGAAACUUAGAAAGUGGUUUAAAGGUAAAGGAAGCCUUUCUCAAAGAGCAACCAAACGCAAAGUUGGAUGUUAUGGAACUGGACUUGGCCUCUAUCAAAUCUGUCACUUCCUUCGCUCGAUCCUUCCAUUCCUCACAUCGACACUUGAAUAUACUAGUUAAUAAUGCAGCAAUAAUGGCUUGCCCUUUCCAGCUCUCUGUGGACGGAGUUGAAUUGCAGUUUGCUACCAAUCAUCUGGGGCAUUUCCUCCUAACGAAUCUCCUGUUAGACAAGCUUAAAGCCACAUCAAAAUCAACUGGGAUUGAAGGAAGAAUAGUCAAUGUGUCAUCUAUGGCUCAUAGAUAUGCAAAGAGUUCAAACCUAAUCGGCCUUGACAAGAUUAAUGACCCAUCUGUGUACAAACCAUUUGAUGGAUAUGGUCGAUCCAAGCUUGCAAAUAUACUGCAUGCUAAUGAGCUAUCUAAGCAAUUUCAGGAAGGAGGAGUUAAUGUGACUGCAAAUUCCCUACAUCCAGGACUUAUUCCCACUAAUAUAACUCGAUAUACAAAUUUUUUAAGAGCCACUCCUCUAGCAUUAUUAACGAAGCCAUUUGUGAAAAACAUAGAGCAGGGUGCAUCAACGACUUGUUACGUGGCACUUCAUCCUAACUUGAAAGGUAUCACUGGAAAACACUUCGCUGAUUGUAAUGAAAAGCAACCUUCUUCUCAAGCUCUGGAUAAGGAUUUGGGUAGAAAAUUAUGGGACUUCAGUCAAGACUUACUUAACAAGAUUUACAAACCCAAAUAAUUGCUGACAAAAUUUGGAACCAAACAAACCAUUGAUUCUCUCUCUCUCUCUCUCUUUGUAAAAAUAUUGCAGACAAAUCUCCAAAUUUCAUUGUGGAUGAUGGCUUAUGUCUUUGGGUCAUUUGUCAAUUUAUUUGGGAUUAUAAAUAAAUAGACAGGUAUAGUAAAGAUACCA